AGUUACCAGUUUCGCAUCCAUUCUACUUUUUCCCGGUUUGUUUUUGCUUGUUUCGCUCUCUUCUCGAAUACCAUUUGCCCCCCCCCCCUCCUCCCUCCUCACGUGGCAGCAUCGCAUUCAUACGUUACAUCGGCACUUCUUUACACACGAUCGCACACAAUAUCCAGUAAUAGCCAAUGUCUCUUGCCUUUGACGAGUACGGCCGCCCUUUCCUCCUUGUGAAGGAGCAGGAGCAGAAGGAGCGCGUGAGCGGCAUAGAGGCGCAGAAGGUAAACAUCCUCGCUGCCCUCGGUGUGGCGAACGUGCUGAAGUCGAGCCUCGGUCCUCGCGGCAUGGACAAGAUUCUCACCACGCCGGAUAACGAGGUGGUCGUGACGAACGACGGGGCGACCAUUCUGGACCUGAUGGAUAUCGACAACGAAAUCGGCCAGCUCAUGGUGGAGCUGAGCAAAUCGCAGGACUCCGAGAUUGGCGACGGCACGACGGGCGUGGUGUGCUUCGCCGGUGCGCUGCUGGAGCAGUCCGUUGCGUUGCUCGACAAGGGCCUCCACAGCUCUCGCAUCUCUGAGGGCUUCGAGAAGGCGUGUGAGAUUGCGUGCAAGCGUCUGGAGGAGGUCGCCGACGUGAUGGCGCUGGACAACAAAACGUUCCUGCUUCAGACAGCCCGCUCUACCCUCAACUCGAAGGUCGUCAACCGCGACCGCGACCGUCUGGCGCAGAUCUGCGUCGAUGCCGUGCUUGCCGUGGCGGAUAUGGAGCGCCGCGAUGUGAACAUGGACCUGAUCAAGGUGGAGGGCAAGGUGGGUGGCCGUCUGGAGGAGACCUGCCUGGUGGACGGCAUCGUGCUGGACAAAGACUUCUCGCACCCGCAGAUGCCGAAGCAGCUGACGAACCCCAAGAUGGCGAUCCUCACUUGCGCGUUCGAGCCGCCGAAGCCCAAGACGAAGCAUACUCUGCAGAUCAACAGCGCCGAGCACAUGAAGGAGCUGCACGCGCAGGAGCAGGAGUACUUCCGUUCCGAGGUGCAGCGCUGCAAGGAUGCCGGCGCGGACUUGGUCAUUUGCCAGUGGGGCUUCGACGACGAAGCGAACUACCUGCUGUACCGCAACAACCUCCCCGCAGUGCGCUGGGUGGGCGGGGUGGAGCUGGAGAUGAUCGCGAUUGCCACAGGUGGCCGCAUCGUGCCGCGUUUCGAGGACCUGACGGCGGACAAGCUCGGCACCUGCGGCUGCGUGCGCGAGGCGAACUUCGGAACGACGAAGGACCGCAUGAUCUUCAUCGAGAAUUGCCCCAAUAGCAAGGCCGUCACGGUGUUCAUUCGCGGUGGCAACAAGAUGAUGAUUGAGGAGGCGAAGCGCUCGCUGCACGACGCCAUCUGCAUGGUGCGCAAUCUGAUCCGCGACAACCGCAUCGUCUACGGCGGUGGCUCCGCGGAGCUGGCGGCCUCGUCGGCCGUGUUGGCCCACGCGGAUGCCGUCUCCACGGUGGACCAGUACGCAAUCCGCGCCUUUGCCGAUGCCCUCGAGACCAUCCCGAUCAACCUCGCCCUCAACAGCGGUCUCGAUCCCAUCCGUGCGCUGUCCGACGCCCGCAAGGCCCAGCUGGACGGCAAGAACCCGUACGCUGGCAUCGACUGUAUGGAUCGCGGCACGAUCAACAUGAAGGAGCAGGAAGUCUUCGAGACGCUGAGCGGCAAAUGCUCCCAGCUGCGCCUCGCCACGCAAGUGGUGAAGAUGAUCUUGAAGGUGGACGAUGUCAUCGUGACGAAGCCGGAGGUGGAGCAGCAGCAAUAG